AUGACGGCUCUUCUUUCCACGCCAAUUUCCACCCAGCUUUACCUCACCCAACCCCACCCCACCCUACCUCACUCCACUCCAACCCAUUCCAUCCCACCCCAUCAGCCGGACGUGGUGGUGAACUGUGCAGCCGUGUCCGUGCCAAGGCAGUGCGAAAGCGAUCCUGCCCUGGCCAUGCGUCCCCUCUGCUUCUCCGCUUCUCCUUCCCUCUCCAUGCUACACUUUCCUCUCCCCCCCUCCCUUUCCCAUCAGCCGGACGUGGUGGUGAACUGUGCAGCCGUGUCCGUGCCAAGGCAGUGCGAGAGCGACCCUGACCUGGCCAUGCGCAUCAACGUGCCCUCCGCGCUCAUUGCCGCUCUCUCAGACGCCGCUGGGAAGCCAGCAGGGAGCAGUGCAACGGGCGAUGGGCAUGGCGAUGGAAUUGGCGUUGGGAGUGGGAGUAAGGAGGGGUUGGAGGGGUUGGAGAGGGAUAAGGAGCAGCUGCGCCUGCCGCUGCUAAUUCACCUCUCCACGGACCAAGUCUACGAGGGCGCUAAGUCGUUCUACAAGGAGGACGACCCGUUGCUGCCAGUGAACACGUACGGCAGGAGCAAGGUGGCAGGGGAGCAGGCCGUGCGCCACCAGUGGCAGGGCAGCCACGCCAUUCUGCGCAGCAGCAUCAUCGUGGGCCCGCCUCCUCCUGUGCCCCUGAAGAAGACCCUGCCGCUGCAGUGGAUGGAUGGAGCACUGCGCGCUGCAUUGGCGUCGGGCCAACCGGAGUCCUUCUUUGACGACGAGUACCGCUGCCCCAUCUACGUACACGACUACUCCCGUAUCGUCCGGGCACUCAUGCAUCGACACGCCCAAGGCCAGCGCGUGGCCCUGACAUUGAACGUGGGAGGGCCAGACCGUUUGUCCAGAGCAGACAUGGCCGCAGUGGUGGCCCGAGUCAGGGGGUACCUCGUCCCUGCCUCCACCCCCACUGCUGCUGAUGGUGGUGCUGUUGAUGAUUCCGCUGCUGCUGCUGCUGCUGACUGUGCUGGUACAGCUACCAGUGGUGAUGGUGGUGGUGGUGUGAGGAGGUCUGCGAGCAGUGAGAGCGAUCUCAUCAUCAGAGUGCCUGCUGCAUCCAUGGCGAAUCGUGGAGUGGCGAGUCCACCUGACAUCUCAAUGAACACGCAGCUCAUUCAGCGAGAGCUCUCGCUCUCCCUCACUCCCUUUGAACAAGCUGUGCAGCUCACUUUCGCUGCUGCACAGUGA